AUGUUCCAGUCAGAGGUGAAGUAUGGCCCUCGCCUAGAUGUGUACCUGUGCUACGUUAGCUCUCAUGAUGAAGUCCACUCGGCAGACGCACUCCGCGUGCAGGAUCGGCACUCGUGCGGAUGGGUCUCACGGGUGCAUGCACCGUACCCGCAGGAGCUUGGCUUCCGCUUUGAUGGUGUUGUGUGGGCGAACACUUUACGCAUUCUCUCCCACGAAAGCAAAAUAUCGUCCUGCAUGAUCGUCUAUGUCGCCGAGCCGACGGCGCAAGAGGAGCAGAAUGGCGUGUGUGGACCGUACAGCAAGGCAGUCUUCAAGCGUCUUGGCCACGUUCGCUUUUCCAACAAUGUGGCUAGUGACUACCAGGCUAGGGAGCUCAAGACCGUUGGCCUGCAGCGUCGUUGCACAUACCUGAAGCUGGUGCUGCGCAAUCCCCAUGCCAACAGCUACAACAUGUUCGAGCAAAUCGGCGUAGUUGCCCUAGCGGUUCACGGUGAGCUUCUGAAGAAGCUGCAGGACUGGAUCGCUACCCCACUCGCCAUUCACAUAGGAGUGCACGCCACGGUACCACUGGAUGAGAUGAUGCCGCCUCCCCCUGGCGAAGGCACCUCAAGCACGUCAGCGAGGGUGGCCAGCAACCUCACCACCCGUGUCAGCGAGCUCGCUGCUAUGAAGCAGAAGGCUGUGGAGGAGGAGGACUUUGAUGCCGCGGAGGCGUUUAAGCAGCAGAUUACCAUCAUCGAGCACGCCCAGCGUGAGAUUGCGCGGCUCGAACUGGAAAAGCAGCGCGCCGUGACGGUGGAGGACUACAAGCUAGCCAAGAAGAUCAAGCUGCGUAUUGCGGCGCUUCGAGAGGAGAGCGAGCGGGUUGCCACUGCUGCACCGAACGCGGCACCGUCGGCUGUGGCUGCGAAAAAUGCCUCGCCAUCAUCAUCACAGCUGCACGGUUCCUCCCCGGCAGGCGCGCCAGGCAGUGCCGCAGCAUAUGACAACGAUAACGGCGCCGCCUCCCCACGCUACGUGCAGAGAGGGUGGAACGCGCAUGACGAGAUAGUAGUAGGCGGCAAAGGCUACUAUGACCUCUCUGACACUACAGGUGGGUUAACAGACAACCAGCCAAGCAACCAAAGCGGCUCUGGCGGCGAUGAGGUACCGCUCGCCGGCGACGGUGCCGCUUGGGAGGUCGCCCUCAACACCGCCAUCAAGUGCGUGUCGACGGUGCUGCCUGGGCCAUUGCCACUCACUGGCGACGCCGCCGCAGCGGCGAAGCCAUACACAAAAGAUCUCGGUGUGUACUGCGUAGCUUGCUUGUUUAGCCGAAAAGGGCAGCAGCGGGAGGCGGCGCUGCACGGCGCUGUGUCGAGUACUGGCUCUCAAGCCCUCGCUUCCCACAGCGAUGCUGCAUGGGCGCAGCUGGUGCUGUACAUGUCUCUCAAAGGCUUCGGCGUCGGGGACCCGGUGCCAGGUGCCGCCAUCGCAGCCUGCAGCGCUCUGACCAAGAUCGUAGAAGGCGACGUGCCUGGCGCUUCGGCAGACCAGGUCGCCGAAUCUGUCGCCAAGGCGCUUCCGAAACUCACAGCGCGACUCGGUGAGUCGAAUAUUCGUGUUCAAGAGAGCGUAGAGAAGGCAGUGUUGGCUCUCGCCCGCUCCCCGUUCGGACAUCGCCGCGUCGUGGAGUUGCUGCUGGUGGACCCAGAGAAGCAACACAAGAAGCCUGCCAGCGUCCGCGCGCAUAUGUCGCGCAUUAAGAUUCUCAGCACCUUUGUGGACGAGUUUGGACUCGCGUGUCACACCUCCGACGGUCUUGACACGCGCAGCCUAUGCUCCAUGGUGUUGCUGCCGAGUCUUCAGCACUCCAACGCCGAUGUGCGGCAGAUCGCGGUGGGUUUGUUGGCGAAGUUACUCUACCUAGACCCUAGCUCCACAAGCGGCUACCUGGAGAACAUCAAGCUAGCGCAGCAAGCACUCGUCGAGGAGCAGUUGGAGCAUUACAAGCACAACCAGCUUGUCGCCCGCAGCGUUGUGCCAAAGAUGUCAGGCAUGCAAACGGACCCCUUGACUGUCCAGCGACGCAGCAGUGGAAGUGCAGGCUCGUCACAGGCCCAGUUCCAGCGUCCAUCGGCACCUCGUGCGACAGAGGGGAAUGACGCUACCGCUGAAGAGGUCACACCUGGCGUCUCCUCUGAACCACCUUCGCUGCGUGCGCCUGCAUUGAGCGGCGAGAUGGAGUACUGCCGGUUGCGUACCUGCCAGUUCUGCGGCGAGUACAAUUCAAGCUUUAAUGAACACAACUUGGACCUGCACUAUGUGAGUACUUGCCCCAUGCUCUGCCCGUGCCCCCUGUGCGACCAGGUGACAGAAAUUUGCCAACUGCAGCAGCACUUGGUGACGGAGUGUGAGAAGCGGCAGCUGGUGCGUGAGUGCCCUCGAUGCCACGAGGCAGUCCGCGCAACGGAGUACAACGAGCACGUUAUGGCGAAGAAGUGCAUCAAGGCAGUGCCGACGCAAAGCGUGUGCCCGCUGUGCCACGAGCGCUUCAAGAGCGGCAUGGAAGGGUGGCGGUACCACCUUGCCUCGAGCCCUGGUUGUCCAAACAACCCGCGAUACUACGACGGCACCGGUCUCGCUAUGUAA